AGGCCCCAGGAGCCACCGCCCCCUCGUCGCGGUGCUGUGUGCUGCUCGGGGUCCGCUGUGGCUGGGGAAUCCCGAUGGUCCCCAGCUGGCGGAGUCAGGGGCGGAGGGAGGAUGACCUCUCCUUGGGGUCACAGUGCCGACCUGGCCCGCUUCUACACUGUCACCGAGCCCCAGCGACACCCCAGGGGCUACACGGUCUAUAAGGUUACCGCCCGGGUUGUUUCGCGAAGAAAUCCAGAAGACGUCCAGGAGAUAAUUGUAUGGAAGAGAUACAGUGACUUUAAGAAGCUGCACAAAGAAUUAUGGCAAAUUCAUAGAAACUUAUUCCGACACUCAGAGCUGUUUCCUCCAUUUGCUAAAGGGAUAGUAUUUGGGCGAUUUGACAAAACCGUUAUUGAAGAGAGACGCCAGUGUGCUGAAGACCUGCUGCAGUUCUCUGCCAACAUUCCCGCCUUGUACAACAGCAAGCAGCUGGAAGACUUCUUCAAGGGUGGGAUAAUUAAUGACGGCUCUGCGUUAAUUGGUCCUGCUGAGGCAUACCCAGAUUCCCUGCCCGAUGCCUUUCCUGAGUGUGGUGCCGAAGGCUUCUCCAGUGACAGCGACCUCCUGUCCCUCACUGUUGACGUGGACUCUCUUGUAGAGGUAGAUGAUGGAAUGGCUUCCCGUCAGGGUUCUCCCAGUAAAACUUUUGGUCUGAGUCUGUCUGCGGAUUCUUCGGCAGCAGGGGCUGCUGCAUCUGACGGUGAGCCAAGCAGAGCAGAAGACCGGGAAAGCCGAAGCCUCUUCCCCAGCAGCUUGAAGCCCAGGCUUGGCAGGAGAGAUUACCUGGAGAAGGCCGGGGAACUCAUCAAGCUGGCCGUGAAGAAGGAGGAAGAAGAUGACUAUGAAGCUGCUUCUGACUUUUACAGGAAGGGCGUUGAUCUGCUCCUAGAAGGUGUGCAAGGAGAGUCGAGCCCCACACGCCGGGAGGCUGUGAAGAGGAGGACAGCGGAGUACCUCAUGCGUGCGGAGAGCAUCUCCAGCCUCAGGGCCACGUCUCAGCUGGACUCUGGACUGCAGCCUCCAGGAUCACUAAGUUCAAGGCCCCCUUGGAACCUAAGGAGCCCUGCCGAGGAGCUGAAGGCCUUCAGAGUCCUUGGGGUGAUUGACAAGGUUUUACUUGUAAUGGACACAAGGACAGACCAAACAUUCAUUUUAAAAGGUCUAAGGAAAAGCAGUGAGUACAGCAGGAACAGGAAGACCAUCAUCCCCCGCUGCGUGCCCAACAUGGUGUGUCUGCACAAGUACAUCAUCUCGGAGGAAUCGGUGUUUCUUGUGCUGCAGCAUGCUGAAGGUGGCAAACUCUGGUCAUAUAUCAGUAAAUUUCUAAACAGAAGUUCUCAAGAAAGCUUUGACAUUAAGGAAACGAAACCUUCCUUGCCUCAUCAUGUUUACCUGAAGCAGCCAAGCGCUAGUCCUCAGGACAGCAGCAGCUUUGAGUCCAGAGGGAGCGACAUGGGGGGCAUGUUAAAGGUCCUGCCGCUGAAGACUAGCCUCACCCCAAGUUCUCAAGAGGAUAGCAACCAGGAAGACGACGAGGACGAGGGGCGGGAUGGUUCUCCCAAAUGGCCAGAUUCAGGCUCCAGUUCAGAGGAGGAGUGUACGGCUGGCUACCUAACACUAUGCAAUGAGUAUGGGCAGGAAAAAAUUGACCUGGGGUCCUUGAAUGAGGAGUCUAUCAUGCAGCCUGGAGGGGAGAGAGCUGACACCCAGGCUAUUCUCAGCUUCCCAGCACCCCUUGUUACUGACAGUCUGAGCCCUAGCACCCAGCUCAAGUUCUUCCCUGGAGAUGAGGACCUAGAAGUAGCUUGUUCCCCUCAGACAUCCGAUUCCCUCACUAUGUCCAAAAACAGCCCUAUGGAGUUCUUUAGAAUCGACAGUAAGGACAGCACAAGUGAGCUCCUGGCACUGGAUUUUGGCGAGAAAUUGCACAGUCUGAAACCAGAACCUUUGAAAGUGCUCUUUACCCUUGCAGAUGGAGACAGAGAAAGCAAGGGAGAGACAGCAGCUCAGGACUCCAUCAGCCGGGGCUCAGAUGACUCCGUCCCAGUUAUCUCAUUUAAAGAAGCUGCUUUUGAAGAUGUCAGUGGUGCUGAGGAAGGAAGGCCCGACCUUCUGGUAAACCUACCUGGUGAACUGCAGGCAGCCAAAGAGGCCUCAGCAGUGGGUCCUACUGAGUUCUCACAGGCCAGUGUAGGCAGGCUGGAGAGCCAACUGUUGGAAGCCCCGGAUGUGUUAUGCCUCAGGCUGAGUCCCGAACAGUACCAUGGCCUAGGAAAAGAAGGCCCGGAGGAACUGAGUGACCCCACUACAUCCUUGCCCUGUGGUGUGACCCCAAAGCAACAUGCUCAGGCAGAUCUCGGGGUGUUAUUCACAGCUGCUGUUGAUCACGGUAGCUCAGGAGACCAGUUUCCCAGCUCCUAUCCAGAGUCUGAAGGGCUGGCACAAGUGGAGGCAGUGGUCACUGCACAUGACACAGGAGAAAGCCUGUGCCACAUUUCUAGUCCACGCCCAGGUGCCACGGGGCACCGUGCACACACCGACACUGCCACAGUGGAGGAAGUGUUACUGUUCACAGAGCAGGCUAAAGAGGAACCGAGCUCUCUAUUUCAGAGAGACUCUGAGACCAAGGAGCAAAGCGUGCUCGCCCUAGGAGGAGACAAGGAAAUUCAUCAAAUUUUUGAGGAUCUUGAUAAGAAAUUAGCAGUGAGCUCCAGGUUCUUCAUCCCAGAGGGCUGUGUUCAGAGAUGGGCAGCUGAAAUGGUGGUAGCCCUUGACGCCUUGCACAGAGAGGGGAUUGUGUGCCGCGAUCUGAACCCAAACAACAUCUUAUUGAAUGAUGGAGGACACAUUCAGCUAACGUAUUUUAGCAGGUGGAGUGAGGUUGAAGAUUCCUGUGACAGCGAUGCCAUAGCGAGAAUGUACUGUGCCCCAGAGGUUGGAGCAGUCACAGAAGAAACUGAAGCUUGUGAUUGGUGGAGCCUGGGUGCUGUCCUCUUCGAACUUCUCACUGGCAAGACACUGGUGGAGUGCCACCCAGCAGGAAUAAAUACGCACACUACCUUGAACAUGCCAGACUGUGUUUCUGAAGAGGCUCGUUCACUCAUUCACCAGCUCUUGCAGUUCAACCCUCUGGAACGUCUGGGUGCUGGAGUGGCUGGUGUUGAAGACAUCAAAUCUCACCCAUUUUUCACCCCAGUGGACUGGGCAGAACUGACAAGAUGAGCAUCAUGGAGUGUUCUUCACAAGACAGAUCCCCUGUGACAGAUCUUCAGGAGUGGCUAGGCUUGGGCCACCCUCCAGUUGAUGUGCCAGAGCCUUGGGACAAGGCCUUAGAGGAAGUGAUGGGGCAGGGGGCUAACAGACUCCCAUACAUCUGCUGUCUAGACAAGAGACUAGUGAACCUUGCCAGCAGCUGCUCUAUACUCACCUUCUCCAAGAUGUGACGUAACUUGUGUUCAGGGUUUCAGGUGUGUUGCAGACAUGAAUGAAAUGAGAAUGCCUGUGCAAAACACCUCUGCUAGGAGGCUGUAGGUGUGGAAGGAAGGUUUACAUGCGUGAAGGACCUUUUGGUGGCAGCUAAUGGUGCUUUUGCUAAACAAGACUGGUUUACAUGAUUAAGUCAAUAUUUGCUGAGUAACACACUAAAUGUGCUCUGUGAACAGUCACUAGUGGGCUGAGGAAGUGAAGAGGAAUGCCCAGUGCUGAGCAGGGCCAGGUUAUCUCUGAGGAACAACAACACUCUUGCCAGCUGUGAACUUGCUGGUCGAUGCUGCUAACUCUAGGGGCUCAUGGAAACAGUCUGUCCUCUAGCUCCUCUCCCCUGCUCCAUUUCCUGCAUUCUCUGCUCGUUCUCUUGGAUUCUGCUUUCUCUACUUCUGUUAAAACACAAGCAACAAAAAAGGGAAGGGGUAUUUAUUCCCCCACACUGUCAGAGUAACAAGACUAAGAAAUCAUGGUGUAAAAUAAAUGUGGUUAAAACUUG